AUGUCAGCCGCCGGAAGCCGCACCAUCCAGACAGCCGCAUGCCUAAUCAUUGGCGACGAAGUGCUGGGUGGAAAGACUGUUGAUACGAAUUCGGCGUAUCUGGCAAAAUGGUGCUUUUCUCUGGGCAUCAACUUGAAGCGUAUCGAGGUCAUUGAAGAUGACGAGAGUGAAAUCAUGGAGGCCGUGAGCCGAAUGAGCAACCGUUAUGACUUUAUCGUAACCAGCGGAGGCAUUGGCCCAACGCACGACGACAUCACUUACCAAUCCAUCGCCAAGGCCUUCGGGCUCCCCCUCAAGCUCCACCAGGAGGCCUACGAGAAGAUGAAGAAGCUCUCAAGACCGCACCCAAAGCAGCCCAACUUUGACUGGAACGUCGAUUCGCCCGCCCUCAAGGCCCGCCUGCGCAUGGUCGAGCUCCCGACGGACGAGUCCCGCGACCUGAGCGAGCAGUUCAUCUUCCCGCAGCAAGACCUGUGGGUUCCCGUCGCGGUUGUCAACCGGAACGUCCAUAUUCUGCCUGGAGUGCCGCUGCUCUUCCAAAAGCUGCUCGACGGACUGAAGCCCCAUGUCCUCCCUAGACUAGUCGAUCCCGAGGGCAAAGGAACCCACCGCAUCAUGAUAUCCACGCCUCUGCCGGAGAGCUCCGUCGCAGAGUACCUCACCCAGCUAGCCGCCAAGGUCGAGCCGCACGGCGUUAAAGUAGGAAGCUACCCACGAUGGGGCCGGAAACGAAACACGGUUACCUUGGUUGGAAGGGACAAGGACUAUCUAGAAAGCCUUGUGGCGGAGGCAGAGGAGGCUGUUCAGGGUAAGCGAGUCUCAAAAGAAGACGAGCUCGACGAGCCAUCCGACAAGACGGAGAAGAAGAAGCUCUAG